CUUUUAGUUUCCACUCUUUCCCCUAUAGAAAAACAAAACUCCUCAAGUCACAAACUUUUUCACAAAGAAGGAAAAUCUCUCUGUUUUUUUUUAUCUCUGUUUCUUUUGCUCUGUUUUCAAGUUGAUGGAGAAGCACAAGUGCAAAUUGUGCUUCAAAAGUUUCUCUAAUGGCAGAGCUUUAGGUGGUCAUAUGAGGUCUCACAUGUUGAAUCUUCCAAUUCCUCCAAAACUAGAAGAUCAAUUCCCAGAUAUUGAAGUUAGUGAAGAUAGUGAAUCAACUUCAUCUUCAGAGGAAGAAGCGGAAGAAGGAGAAGAAGAAGAAGAGAAGGCUGUUUUUUAUGGGCUAAGAGAGAACCCAAAAAGAUGUACUCGCUUGGCAGAUCCCGAGUUCUCUUUUGCAGCUGUUGAUGCUGGUUCUGUUGUUCUUCAAGAUAGAGAAAGUGAGACCGAGUCAUCAAAGAAUCCUACAAGAAGACGAUCCAAGAGGACUAAGAGCUUGUUAGAGCAUCAUCAUCAAUAUCAUCAACAAAGACCCAGGCAAGAGCAAGAGAACAACAUCAUAAUAAAGAAGCUUGAAUUCAAGAAAAUGGGCAGUAUUAAGGCAGCAGCCGAGUCAUCGUGGGGUCAUGAACCCGAACCGGUGAGUUCAAUUUCUGGCACUACAACAGAAGAAGAUGUUGCUUUCUGUCUUGUGAUGCUUUCAAGAGACAAAUGGAAGAGAAAAGAACAGGAGAAUCAAGAAGAAGAACAGGAAUUUGAAGAGGAAUUAGCAGAAGCUGAAACAGACGAUUCUGAUGAGUUCAAAUCUUGCAAGACAAAAACUAGAGGAAAGUACAAAUGUGAAACAUGCAACAAGGUGUUUAAAUCCUAUCAAGCUUUAGGUGGUCAUAGAGCAAGUCACAAGAAACUCAAGGUUUAUACACCAAGUAAGGCACCAAAAUUGGAGCCAACAGAAAAUGCAGGUGCCUCUACUUCUUUGCCAGAGAAGAAAACCCAUGAAUGUCCGUAUUGUUUUAGAGUAUUUUCAUCCGGGCAAGCUCUUGGUGGCCACAAAAGAUCUCAUUUAAUCGGUGUAGCAGCUUCUUCAAGUACUCCUGCGAGAAGUGCCACAAAGAUCGGAGACAAUAAUUGGGGUUUCAUAGAUCUUAAUCUUCCGGCUCCCCUUGAUGAUGAUGAUAUUAGCCAAGUUGAUCAGCUCUCUGCUGUGUCUGAUGCAGAAUUUAUUAACUACGUCAAACGGUGAAUAUCUUGCUUAAUCUUAGUAUGGUCUACACAAGAAACGGGUUUGAUCCAAAGAAGGAAGAAGUUUUUUACUACUUUCACUUUUUUGCAGGAUCUAAAACUAUGCAAAUUUGCUUGGGUCAAUUGAGUUACAUGGUUCUUGUUAAUCUCAAGACUAUUUCUUACAGUGAUUCAUUUUAUUUUAUUUUGUACUGUCUUCCUGUUCUGUUUCUGUAACGAACUGAUGAUGAGUUAAAUCAGCAUCCACGAAUGGAGGAAACUGAAUAGUUUUUACAUAAACUAAGCUGUUCUUUUUCUUAUAAUUUAGUGUUACAAAUUCUGGGUUUUGUUA